AUGCGUACCACUGAACAACAACAACUGCGAAAGCUCAUUCAAACGCAUAGAGACGCAUGGAAGCGUUACAUCAACACAACGCGCACUUCGCACGAGAUGCCCAACGGCACACAGAGCCUCAAGGCAUCCGCCUUCCAUCCAUUCUCGAAUUUCUGUGUCAGCGACAGCAGCUCCUGCUGCGUUGCGCCUCACUACACCACAACCUUCCCACUUGGGAGAAGGAGCCUAAUUUGCACAGCUGCCCCGCAUGAGAAACGCCUUCUACACGCCCUGCUCGACAACUACAACAGUCUGGAGCGACCCGUUGUAAACGAAUCCGAUCCAUUGCAUCUGAGCUUCGGGCUGACGCUAAUGCAAAUCAUCGAUGUGGACGAGAAGAAUCAAUUGCUAAUAACAAAUAUUUGGCUCAAAUUGGAAUGGAAUGACAUGAACUUGCGCUGGAACUCAAGCGAGUAUGGCGGCGUACGGGAUCUCCGCAUUCCUCCACACAGACUUUGGAAACCGGAUGUGCUCAUGUACAACAGCGCCGAUGAGGGUUUCGACGGCACCUAUGCCACGAAUGUUGUGGUUCGGAAUAAUGGCUCGUGUCUAUACGUGCCGCCUGGAAUUUUUAAGUCCACCUGCAAAAUCGACAUCACGUGGUUUCCAUUCGACUAUCAGCGUUGUGAAAUGAAAUUCGGCUCAUGGACAUAUGAUGGCUUUCAGCCAGACAACCGAGCUGAACAAUCUCUAUUGGAGGCCAACUACUUCUCUGAUCAGCUAUUAUUCACCUAAUAGGUCACGGGAGCAAUAAAGAGACUCUGAACUAAUUGCAGAAAACAGUUUGAAUUCACAUCUGUUUGGGUUAGACUACCAUAGAGAUAUGGCGACCAAGCACUAAGGCAGAGAUUCACACAACGAGGUGUGCCCCAUGGAAAGACAAAAUUCAGGAAUUUGCGGUUACCGACAGCUCUUUAAUGAAGGAUUAGGUCGCAUUUUGCUCCGAGAAUCUUAAUACUUCCCCAAGGUGACGAUCAGAAAGCAUUGAUUAAAAUGUAAUUUAAUGUAUGCAUUAUAUAUCAAGCGUAUAUACAUAUGUAUGUUAAGUCAAGUGAAAUACAAUAAUAA